AUAUUUAAUCAACCAAGUCGACAUAGAAUUUCCGCUUCUUCUCUUUCGUCACUUAUUUUACAAAAUGAUCCACUCUGGCUAAAAGUUGUGACGAGAUUUAAGACUUCGCUCCUAGGAAAUGUUGCUUUACCUAGAGUGCGCGCGCCUUUACAUGAUUUGCAUUUAUAUGGUGUCAUAGGAACGCCAUCUGUAAUGAGUAGAACUAUAAUUGCUGGAACAGAUGAAAACACAGUUUGUCGAAUAUUGUUUGUUCUUAGCUACUUUAUACGAUGCAAUGAAAUAUUUGAAAGAUCAGAAGAUUUAAUUCCUUUAGAAUUACAGCGUGAAGAGGAGUGUAAGACAUCUUUAAAUUGUGAUAAAAAUUUAUCAUCAGAAUCUACUCCAUCAGAUGGUAAACUCCCUCAUAAAAAGGAGGCUGAAACUCGACAUAAAAGAGUUAUGAUAGAUUUUCCUUUUACGGAUAUUUCUGUAGAAAACUUUUUAGACGUUCCGAUGCCCAAAUCACAAAUUCAGUCUAUAAUACCUGAUCCAUCAUUAAUAACAACAGAUAAAGAUACGAAUGCAACAAAUACAAAAGGUUUUCUUAGUGCAGAUGAAUUAUUUGUAAAAUCCUACGGACGGUCACUCAUGGCUGGCUAUUGUGAAAAAUAUAUGUCAGAUUUUGUAUUGAUGGGUCUCCCUAAACUUGAUGAAUUUCAAGAUUCUUUGGCA